ACACAUUCUUGCAGUAUAUUUUUUCUACACAAAAGAGGCACAAUGAAUUUAUUCUACCUAACAAUACUAUUAUAUUUCGAAUUUGGCGAAAACUUCGUACAGCGAGGUAUAGAAGAAGUCUUCACGAAAGUGUCACAUUCAUGCGAAAAAGAAAAGCGGUCAUUUAUCUGUGAGUCACAAAGUUUUGAAAUAUCUUAUCUGUUGCUUAGAGAUGGUCUAGCACAAAGGAAAACUAAUAGCUGGCCGGCAGCAAGAACUGGUGAGCUAGUGAGACCAACGGAAUUCUGCCUACUGCCGACAGGCCUGCCUUUGGUGCGGAAAUGUAAUUCGAUCGAAUGUACGGCAGAGUGGGAGGAAAUGAAUUAUGGAAAUGUAACAUGCAUUGGUUAUGAGGACGACAAAAAUGCUCUGACUUUUGAACUACAGAAACUCUAUAAGGAAAUAAGACACCUCCGAUUUGAUCGCAUUUCUUUCGCAAUCACUUCAUAUUUUCUAAAUCUUUUAAAUAGACGUUGUCUCAAACUUACUGCAGCAGAUCUGGAAAUAUCAUUGAGUUUGUUGCGAGUGAUAACACGUUCACGGAAUAUUCAAUUGCUUCCACAAAUUGUGGAAAUUGCCAAUUUUCUGCUGCAAAGUGAUAAUGAUGCCACAGCCAAAUUUAGUCAGUUAAGCGGCACACCUGCUCUUCUUAUAACUUUGGAAAACUACCUUAUUCCAAUGGCAAAAUCGGUCUUACCUCCUCAAAACUGCCGCAGCAACUUUGCAGAUGGGAAACACUUCGGCGCGGAAAACAUUAAAGUGUUCUAUACAUGGCCCAUGUGUUCCGAUGUCACGGGAAUUGUGGUGUAUAAAAAAUCACACAUGCAGUCGUUGAAGAAUGACGUAAAUUAUGACUUUCAAUACAUCUAUCUGAAUCAAUCAUUCAAUGAUCUUCUAUUGCAAUCAAAUGUUGAUGUAGUGGCAUAUGUUCCCCCGGAGUUGUGGAAGAUGGCGAAAAAGAAAAGAUUCCGCCUAAAGUUCUCAUGGUACAAAAAUUCAAAUUUCUUCUUAAAUCACACAGCCAGCGACGAUCAGGAAAUGGGAAGUGCUUUGCUACCCGCCAUAUGCAGUAACAAAGAUUUUCAACCAAAAUAUAUCCCACUCCCUGUGGAUGAGACUAACUCCAAUGGACAUUUUCAAUGUUUUCAGUGGCAAGGUUCUUUCUGGAGAUUGGCACAACCAACAACCGUGGAAAAUUCUACAUACCUAGCAUUAUGCCGAAAUAGAGUCAAAGCGACAAAAAAACUGUCAUUGGAAAAUGAUAAAUCAACACUGUCAUCGAAUUUGAAUAUCCUCCGGUUUGUACGUUCCAUUAUUGGCUGCAUUUUGUCACUGUUCGGUUUAUUCUGUAUCUUUCUAACGGCACUUUUCUACGAAAACUGGCGUCAUCAGUUUUCGAAUAAGCUCCUUCUCAACAUAAGCGCAAUUCUUUUGCUUGUCACCAGCUAUUUUAUGCUACUCAAUAUGCCAAAUAUUCGUGCGGCCAUCGAUCACGUUGAACAUCCAAAGCGUUGCAUAGCUGUGGGAGCAUUCUUCCAGUACUCCAUGUUGGUGUUGUUCUUGUGGAUGUUGUUUAUAGCAGUCUUGCAGUAUAAGCGCUAUGUUCGAGUUUUUGCAGCAAAAGUGGCCAGACAUACUAUAGUCGGCUAUGCCUUGGCUGCAUGGUGUCUCCCAUUGAUACCGACACUAUUGGUGACAUGGCUGGACUCACAGUCAUAUAUGCGAUCUCUACAUGAUCGCACCGAGGGUCAUUUCAUGUGUCAUCCAAGUGGAUUCAGUUGGCUUUUGGGUAUAUUGCUGCCCGCGUCCAGCAUCAUGUUAAUCUGUUUUGGCAUUUUUGGCUACAUCCUAUGGAACAUACGGCGCGCAUCGAAGAAAUUUCAUUCUACGCUGGAGCGUGAUGAUGUUAUUCUACAUGUCCACCGUUCGGCCAUUUUAAUUUUAGUCCUAAGUAUAACAUGGAUUUUCGGACUACUGGGUCACAUGGAAACUUUUGGCUUUUUCGAGGUAUUAUUUUGCUUUACAUCAACGUUACAGGGUUUCUUUCUGUUUGCCUAUUUUGUGGUAAUGGAUAAAAAUGCUCGUCAAUUCUGGCGAAAAUAUUUAUGCGCUGGAAAUUAUACCUAUAGUGUGGAAUAAUUAUACCUAUGGUGUGUGAAAAUUGAAAAAAAAAUAAAAAACAUGUAAAUAUGAUUUAAGGUUGAAGGGGCCUUGCGUUGUCUUUAAUGCUCAAUUUGCGCUCGAAGGCAAGCCGAUAAUGUUAACAUUGGGAAGAAACAAUUUAAAUAUAUUUUGUUCAUUCGAACUGUUAACCCUUUAAGGGGUAGGUUCGAAGGAGUGUACCGAUAAAAUCCAUAUUCACAUCAUAUCUUUGUUUGAGAGAAAUAUUUAGAUAAGUUUGAAGAGAAUCAUUGAAAAAAAUUAUGACACUUUGUAGUGUAGGGGGUGAGCAAAAUGUUGAGGUAUCAGAAGGAUUGGGCCGAUAUAUUCCAUCUUCAUACGAUGUCUUUUGUUGAUAGAAAUACUGGGUGAUGUCAAGUUUGAAAGUAAUCCGAUGAUAACUUCGCAUUUUAUGAGCGUCAUGGUAAUUCAAAAUUUUGAAU